AUGAGAUUACUUUUUGGUUUUGUGCUGUCUUCUUUCUUGGGUGGACAUGGAUAUCUUAAAAAGUCACUUUCAACUUCAGGCGCUGUUGCUGCUUUUCUCGUGGGAUUGGGAACAAUGUAUAAUGAUUGGGCGGUGUUCCCUUUAUUGUUGUUGACUUUUUAUUUUACAGGUUCACGAUUAACAAAGCUGAAAGCAGAGAGGAAAAAAAAACUCGACGAAGAAUAUUUAGAUGGAGGACAAAGAAGUGCCACACAAGUUUUCUGCAAUGCACUUUGGGGAACACUUAUAGCAGCAUGGCAUCAAUAUACAUUUGGUGAUGAAAGGAUCACGUGUCUAUUUGAGAAUCCAUUUUCUACAAAACUCUUUCUGUUGUACCUUGGACAUUACGCGACAUGUAACGGUGAUACGUGGGCAAGUGAAAUCGGGGUAUUGAAUAAAGAUUGGCCAAUCUUAAUAACUACUCUGAAGAAGGUACCACCCGGCACAAAUGGCGGAGUAUCACCAUUAGGCCUAGCCGCGUCACUAUUCGGUGGUUCCGCGAUAGGCAUAGUUGCUUUUGUAUCGAUUGGUCUUUCAGGAGGUUGCGAUCGUUGGAUGUGGGAAUUAAUCCCGAUUGCAAGUCUUGCGGGAUUGAUUGGCUCGCUUGUAGAUUCUGUACUUGGAGCUACUGUACAAAAAACUUUAUACUCUGAGAAAUCGCACAAAAUAGUCCAUCAUGCAAGAACAGUCAAUGAAAAUAUUAAAGUUAUUAGUGGUUGGGAUUUAUUGGAUAAUAAUCAA